AUGGAUCUCUUGGGAACUACCCUCGAGAAUGCCAUUCUACCUACCCUCAACGCGACGAUACGAAGCAAGAAACCGUUUCCAACACCUAUUCCUCAGCUUGAACACACAAACGUGUUAAUCAGCAAGUUUUACAACCGUCCGCGUGACUCUCCCGGUUCUUCUUGGCUGAUUUGCUGUGUUGAUGACCGUCGAAAGCGCGUCCUUUGUGCUAUUAGUCCAGAGGUGGCGAAGCAGUUUCAAGACAAGUAUCACACCGAGUUGACGGAAGAGACCAGUUUGGUCAUUAAAUUUUUAAAUGCUCCAUACCUCAGUUUGGUGUCUGGAUCGUUUGUGGACUCACUUCCUCUGUUCUUACCUGUGCAAUAUGACCCCUCCAAGUACAUGGGCAUCUCUGAUGCUCGUAUGAUUGUCGUGGUGACUCAGCCAGUCCAUAAGAUUGCCCAGGGCGCGUCCUUACAGCACCGGUUUGUUCCCAUGCUGUCUGUGGUUAUUGACAAGCAGCCAGAUCAAGCUGGUAAGCCGAUAUAUCCGCCAGACAGAAGGGCGGCCAAAAGAAGAGUGGAGUUUCAGGAGGGAUACAUGAGCCAAAGAACAGUGUUCACAGAUCUACGUCGACUCUCUGAGCCAUCACGCGGGAGUUUGGACGAUGCCCCAGGCAAGCACAUAAGUGAAGAGCUGUUGAGGAUUGGAGGGAUGCGUGCUCAGUCUGGAGGGGACAGACAAGAAAAGAGAGUGCCGAAGAAGUUUGAUCACAGCGGGUAUCUCAGGGACAUUAUGGGGGGAGAAGAGGUGAGAACGGAGAUCGAGUCACUCGAUGUCGACGAGGAGCAUUUGGAGUAUUGGACCGAGGUAUUUGAACUACUGAACGAAGACACUGAGGUGCCCAGAAGGACGCCCUUUUUGAAUGUGAAGAAGACUGUGACGUGA